AUGCAAGUCUCGGACCAGGAACAAAGCUCCCGGGAGCUGGAUUUAGAGGAGAUAACUAGGAAAAUUUCAUUUCUUGACAAAUGGCGGGAGAUCUUUAGUUACCGAGGGUUGGGAACCAAUAAUGCAACUCCUCAGAAUCAUGACGGCAACCACGUAUCAGCUGAUGAAACUGAAAAUGCAACAGGGAUACCUCAGCCCAGGGGACAAGGACAUUUGCCAUCCAGUAGCCUUUGUUCUAUCCCCAAACCCUCUAUCAUCUCUUCAAAAUCAGCCGGCUCUCCUAUCUCCCUGGCAAUGGCCACGAAGUUACAGCAGAGCCUCUUUGGAAAUACUAUCCAUGUCUUCAGCUAUGACUGGAAAAAGGCCUAUUUCAGGUUCCAUGAUCCUUUUUCUGACCUGGCUUUCACUUUGGAAGUGGGAAAGGGAGGUGCCCGAAGCAUUCAGAUGGCAGUUCAAGGAUUCAUCAUCAAAGACUUGUUGUUUACCAGGAAGGGAAAGGACUGUAACUUUCACAGUUUGUGUGCAGUCAGCAAACAGGAGCAAGAGCAGGCCCUGGCUGCGGCACUGGCUGGCAUCCUGUGGGCGGCAGGAGCAGCUGAGAAGGCCACCGUCUGUCUUGUCACUGAGCACACUUAUGUCACCUCCAGUCCUGACUACUCGGGCGAUGAUUUCACCGAGCGGCUCCAGCUGUUUGAACUUUUAGAGAAAGAAGCCACUGAGAAAUUCAUCUAUGAUCAUUUACAAUGUUUCAAAGAGGAAGGAGGCCAUGGUGUCAUCUUGUUUCUUUACAGCCUGAUCUUCUCCAGAACAUUUGAAAGGCUUCAGAAGGAUCUAGAUGCUUCCAGCACUCAUCUGUUACAACCACAUGCUGGGGGCUUCCUAUGCAGGCAGGCAGUUUUGAACAUGAUUUUAACUGGAAGAGCAAGUCCGAAUGUCUUCAAUGGCUGUCAGAAAGGAAAGUCUCAAGAAAUAUUGCACGGGGUCCUGACCCGCAGUGACGUUGGUUAUUUGUGGUGGGGUAAGGACACCUCAGAGGAUGACAGGCUUUCACAGGUGGGCAGCAGGCUGAAGACUCCCAAAUUACCUAUUUGGCUAUGCAACAUUAAUGGAAAUUUCAGUGUCCUUUUUAGCACAAACAGGCAGCUCUUAUCAGACUGGAAAGUGGAGCGUCGCUUUGAUCUGUACUUUUACGGAGGCCAGCCCCCACAGAAGAAGCCUGUGCAGCUUACAGUAGAUACUCACUCCCAUCACUGGGAAAGAAACCAACCUGGAGAUGGACAUGUAGCAGGAAGACGGUUUUCUCCAGUGGAGAUGCUAAUCAGAACCAAGUGGAGAGAAGCCACCAUCAACUGGAAUGGAACCAUUCCCUUUUUCUAA